AUGCUCCGGCUCCUGGCCCUGCUGCUCCCGCUGCUGCCGCCCCCCGCGCGCGCCUCGGAGCCCGCGGCGCAGGACGUCAGCCUGGGCGUGGACUGGCUGACCCGCUAUGGCUACCUGCCGCCGCCCCACCCUGCCCAGGCCCAGCUGCAGAGCCCUGCAAAGCUGCGCGAUGCCAUCAAGGUCAUGCAGAGGUUUGCUGGGCUGCCUGAGACAGGCCUCCUGGACCGAGGGACAGUGGCUGCCAUGCAUAAGCCCCGCUGCUCCCUGCCUGACGUGCUGGGGGUGGCAGGGCUGGUCAAGCGGCGCCGCCGAUACGCCCUGAGUGGCAGCAUGUGGAAGAAGCGAACCCUGACAUGGAGGGUACAGUCCUUCCCCCAGAGCUCCGCGCUGAGCCAGGAGACGGUGCGGACCCUCAUGCACCACGCCUUGACCGCCUGGGGCGUUGAGUCAGGCCUCAGAUUCCGGGAGGUGGGUUCUCAGGGCCCCAGCGAGCCCGACAUCCUCAUCGACUUUGCCCGGGCAUACCACCAGGACAGUUACCCCUUCGACGGGCAAGGGGGCACCCUCGCCCAUGCCUUCUUCCCUGGGGAGCACUCCAUCUCUGGGGACACUCACUUCGACGAUGAGGAGACCUGGACUUUUGGGUCAAAAGAUGGUGAGGGGACGGACCUGUUUGCAGUGGCUGUUCAUGAGUUUGGCCAUGCCCUGGGCCUGGGCCACUCGUCAGCACCUGACUCCAUCAUGAGGCCCUUCUACCAGGGCCCGGUGGGUAACCCGGCUGAGUACCGCCUGUCCCAGGAUGACAGGGAAGGCCUGCAGCAGCUCUACGGGAAAGCGCCCCAACCCCCCUAUGACACGCCCACAAGGAAACCCCUGGCUCCUCCUCCCCCGCCCCCUGCUCUGCCCCCAGACAGCCCCUCCCUCCCCGGCCCUGAUCGCUGCGAGGGCAAUUUUGACGCCAUCGCCAACAUCCGUGGGGAAACCUUCUUCUUCAAAGGCCCCUGGUUCUGGCGCCUCCAGCCCUCGGGACAGCUGGUGUCCCCCCGGCCCGCGCGGCUCCAUCGCUUCUGGGAGGGGCUACCGGCCCAGGUGCAGGUCAUCCAGGCGGCCUACGCCCGGCACCCGGACGGCCGCAUCCUCCUCUUCAGCGGCCCCCAGUUCUGGGUGUUCCAGGACCGGCAGCUGGAGGGCGCCGCGCGGCCGCUCUCCGAUCUGGGGCUGCCCCCGGGGGAGGCGGUGGACGCCGUGUUCUCGUGGCCGCUGAACGGGAAGACCUACCUGAUCCGGGGCCGGCGCUACUGGCGCUACGACGAGGCGGCGGCGCGCCCGGACCCCGGCUACCCGCGCGACCUGAGCCUCUGGGAGGGGGCGCCUCUGGCCCCCGACGAUGUCACCGUCAGCAACACAGGGGACACCUACUUCUUCAAGGGCGCCCACUACUGGCGCUUUCCCAAGGGCAGCGUCCAGGCCGAGCCGGACUCGCCCCAACCCAUGGGCCCCAAGUGGCUGGACUGCCCGGCCCCCAGCGCUGGCCCUCGCGCCCCCAGGACCCCCAAAGCCACCCUCAAGCCCGGACCCUGCGAUUGUCAGUGCGAGAUCAAUCAGGCCACGGGGCGGGGGUCCGUGUCCCUCCUGCUGCCCCUUCUGUCCCUGCUGGUGGGGGGCGUCACCUCCCGCUGACGGGGACCAGGCCGCUAGGAGGAAGGGGCCGGAUCUCCUGCUGGGGGCGGGUGCAUCGCUGCCCAGCCCCAUCCUCUGUUCCCAGGGGCGGGGCUGGGCCCGGGUGCAGCUGGGCGGAUGCAAGUGGAGCUAAGCCCUGGGGACAGGGGACAAAGGCUGGCCCUUGGGCCGAACGCGCGAGGGCUCGGCUUCGCCUCCCCCAGACCUGCGACCUCGGAAACCAGGACUCCGGCGGAGCACGGCCCUCCCAGGUGUCGCCUUUUCCUGGAAUAGCUGGCCUUUCUCACAGCUCAGGCGGCUGACUCCUCGUAGCCCUGACCACGCCCAGCAAGUGCGGCUGCAGGCUGUUUGGCUCUUUAGAAGACAGGCCUGAUGGGGAAGCUGAUCCCCGCCCCUCUCUCCACCUGCUGCUCUGAGUUUCCCAGAAGUUUCUCACCCUGUCCUGCUCCACCAUAUCCCAGUCAGUGCCACAUAGGUAGGCAGCCUGGACCCAUCCCUGGGACCACCCCUGAGCACCAGUGUCCAUGUCCUGGGUCACAUCCAUGGCCACACAGGUGACCUUCCGCAGUCCAGGCCUGUGGACCUCCUUGCUAGUCACCACCCUAUCCAGACUGUCCCCCGUUCAAUAGGACACCAUCGCAGCCCUAGGAAAGCUCUCAUGGCCUCCACACUGGAGUGUCUGCCUCUUCCCUCAAGGAGAACUCCUGGGCCCCAUCAGCUCGGGGCUGGAGGAAAGACACUGGACUGAGUUCCCUCUCAGUCAGGGUCAUUGCCUCCUCAGCAUCCUGGGUGAUGAGUGGGGGGAACCUGGACCACCUCAUUCACCUCCUCACUUCUCACAGAAUUCAGGAUCUAAAUCAGUGCUUCUGGAACUGUGGGUCUAGAAUAUUCCUCAUCAGAGUCACCCAGGGAUCUUAAAAAUGCAGACGCCAUACCCUCACCCUGAAUCCUCACUCUGAGGCUGGGGUCAGGAGUCUGCAUUUGAGCUGGCUGGGGGGUGGGUGGCC